AUGGCCGUCUUGCUGAAAAAUGCUGACAUGCAUCUUGGUUAUCUUAAGUCUCUUCUUCUCUUAAAAUUACCCCGACGUUUGGAGUUUGUAGAAUUUUUGGAGUCAAUAAAGUUGAAGUUGUUCCUCUUGCUUAGAGUCUUAAGAUUUGAUGGUUUUGACCUACGAGAGAGCAAAUUUGUUGGCGAAGUUGGGAAAUUGACAUCUCUGCGAUACCUAAGCUUCAGAGAUUGUCGCCUAAACAACCUGCCAUUAAGUCUUGGUGAGUUGUUGUACUUGCAAACACUUGAUUUGCGGAUCAAGGGAUGCAUGAGCAUACUACCACAUAUAAUCUGUUACAGUCUCACUCGCAUAGUUCUAAGCCGUUCUACACUUGUCAAUGGUCCUAUGGCAACUCUGGGGAGGUUUCCAAAUUUAUGGGACCUUGUUCUGGAAGACAGAGCUUUUCUGGGGAAACGGUUGACUUUUGCAUCAGGGGGAUUUGGUCAACUCAGACAUCUUACACUCUCAAAUUUGCCAAAGUUGGAGUUCUUGAUUGAAGAAGAAGAUCAAUGCCCAAUCUUUGUACCUUGCAGGUCGAAGGAUGUAACAACCUUAAAGAGCUUCCAAUCAGACUUCAGGAAUUGUAGGGUAAGAUUCUUUGCAACCAUCAAUGUUGAAACUUCAUCCUCGUGA